AUGUCGCUACUACUUCCCUACAGCUUCCCUAAAGCUGUUUCCGAGGAACCAGACUCGACGCUUCCCAAAGAUGUUCAGAUAUCCAAGAACUUGGAGGUUGAACGGGAAUGGGUUAAGGUGUCCCCAACACAAACUUCUGAACCAUAUGUGAAGACCUUCAGCAAUGCCAAUACCCCUGAAUCGAUUAUUAUACCCGUGGAUGAUCCACUUGACGAGAUUUUGGCCGGGAGCCAAGAAGAGAUCCUCGAAUACUCAAUGGACUUGCCAUUCUCUAAGAAGCCAGUACCUAAAUUGAACAAGAUGCCUAGCAACCAAUUGCUAAUUCGUAAGAGAUCUAGAAGCGUGUUGGAGCCACUUAAUCAAAGACAAUUGGACAAUUCUUCCAAUACAACGGUGUAUUCUGGAAUGAACAAGACUCCUACAAGAAAUCCUGUCAGGGUGCUGUCAUCGUCAUUGAAAAAACCUAGUUUGCGUGAGUCUACAGCUUCAUCGGAAAGAGCCACUGUUAUGCAGAAAUUAGUCAUGAGUAAGUCUGAUAUGAAAAUGGAAGUUGACGACGCCGACAAGUCAAUGGGAGACCCAUUGGCAUGUCAUGCAGAGAACAUCAUGAGAAUGGCUAUGGAUUCCACCAUGUUAGGGUCGUUUUGCAAUAACAGCUUCUCAUCAACGUUUUCCAAUUUGGCUGAUGAAUCUGCGUUGGGAAGAAAAUUUCCAGACAUUUUAGGCGAUUCAGACAGAUCCAUCACUGAGCAUAGGGCUCCGAUGUUAGCCAAGCUGAGAGCUCAGAAGAUCGAAAUCAGCGCUGCAGACUUGCAAGAGGCAGUCAACGGCGAGUUCCGUUAG